AUGAUUACUGCUUAUUUCUCCGAUAAAUAUGCUCGUCGUGGUAUCUUCAUCAUGUUCUGGUCAAUAAUUAGCACUAUUGCUUAUAUAAUUCUUAUUUUGGUCGAUAAUUUUGCUCUAAAAUAUUUUGCUAUUUUUAUUGCAGUUGGUGGAUUGUCACCAUGUACAGCAAUAUGUAUCAGUUUUCUCUCAUGUAACAUUAGUCCUCAUAUAAAACGAGCUACUGCAAUAGCAUUCAUGUUGUCCAUGUGUAACGUUGGAGGAGCCAUCGGUGGUCAAAUUUAUAGAUUUCAAGAUGCACCUCGUUUCAUUAUGGGUCAUUCUAUCAAUCUUGUCUGUUGUAUCUUGAGUUUUAUUACUGCUGCUUUUCUUGUUGUUUAUCUUUAUUUGGAAAAUCAACGACGUGAUCGUUUAUAUGGAAAAGUCGCAAACUAUACGUUAACAAAUCCCAAUACAGACACCAUAGACGUAUUUGGUUUGGGUAGUGUCGAAGAUCGACAACGAUGGGGCUAUGAAAAUAUGUCUGAGAAAAAAAUUCGCGAUUUAGGUGAUAAACAUGCUGCAUGA